UCGAAAGAAGAAAGUAGAAACACCUUUCUACGCCCCUUCUUCCCACUUCUCCUUCCUCUUAGUACAAUAGUACUCCUCCCCUUCUCCUUCCUAUAACAAACAAAUCCAAAACCUUUUCAUUCAUAACAAAUCUAAAACGUCUCUUUCGUUCUCUUCUUUUUUCUCUAAGCGCGCAGCAACGCAACACAACCAUGGUGGUCCUAUCAAAGCAUGUAAUCGAACAACUCUCCAUUGCCAAGCCCCACAAAAGCGGCGGCAGCGGCGCCGCCUCCUUUGGCAUCCCUUUGAUAGACCUUUCCAAGCCGGAAACCGCCCAAAACCUCCUCGUGAAAGCGUGCGAGGAGUUUGGGUUCUUCAAAGUCGUCAACCACGGCGUUCCCACCGAGCUCAUCGCCGCCCUCGAAUCAGAAGCCACCAAGUUCUUCUCCUCCCCCGUGUCCCAGAAACAAAAGGCCGGUCCUCCCCGCCCGUUCGGGUACGGGAGCAAGAAGAUCGGGUCCAACGGGGACAUCGGCUGGGUCGAGUACAUUCUGUUAUCCGCCACCAAUCCGGAUUUCGACAACUUCUCGUCCGUGACCGGCUUCGCCCCGGAAAAGUUCCUGGGCGCGGUGAACGAAUACGUGAAAGCGAUGAAGGGAAUGGCGUGCGAGAUAUUGGAACUGUUGGCGGGGGGGUUGAAACUGGAGAGGAAGGACGAGCUGAGCAGGCUGGUGAGGGACGAAGAGAGCGACUCGGUGUUCAGGGUGAAUCACUAUCCGCCGUGCCCUGAGUUGCAAGAAACCAAUGAUAAAGAAGACAAAGAUUCGAUAAUUGGGUUCGGGGAGCACACAGACCCACAAAUCAUAUCUGUUCUGAGAUCAAACAACACUUCGGGACUCCAAAUCUGCCUCAAGGACGGCCGCUGGGUUUCCGUCCCCGCCGAUCAGACCUCCUUCUUCGUCAACGUCGGUGACUCGCUCCAGGUGUUGACAAACGGGAGAUUGAAGAGCGUUCGGCACAGGGUAUUGGCGAACAGUAAGAGAGCAAGGCUGUCAAUGAUUUACUUCGGAGGGCCACCGCUGAGCGAAAAGAUAGCUCCAUUGGCUUCACUCGUGGGGGGAGAGGAAGACAGGUUGUACAAAGAGUUCACUUGGUUCGACUACAAGAUCUCCGCCUUCAAUUCUCGCCUCGCUGACAAUAGGCUCCUCCCCUUCACUCUUUGAUCGUCAUCAUCUCGAUGGACUAGUUAGUACUAUCACGUAUUUGCCAUGCCAGUUGGCCAAACAUGACUAUAGUUGGCAAGACAAAAAAUAUCCCGGAAAAUAAUAUUUUAGUUUGUUGGUUAAUGACAUCUGUGUUGGGAGACAAUUAUCCUAAAUACUCCCUCCGUCCUAAAAUUAACUUCUCAUUUGAUUUUUCACGGUCUCCAAUGCGACACUUUGACCAUU